AUGCGACACAAGGAUAUUCCGUUUUCGGUCGCUUACACGAAUCGAGGCGGAUUCGCGAGCCGAGGCGGGUGUGGACGCGCAUUUCGGACUUCAGGACAGCGGCGUGGUCGCAGCGCAACCAUGCUGUCGGCGGUGCACCCGGUGUCGGCGACUGCUGUGUCGUCGCACCCAGUGCGGGAUUCCACAGCCCCCUUGCAGCCGCCACCUUCGAGCCCCCGUGCAAGGCCGAUGCUUUUCCGCCUGCAUGGCCCCGUCGCUGCGUCUCCCACGCCCCUGCGCGCUGUCUCCUCCGCCGUCUCCUCGCAUACCCAAGCUCCGCCCUCCCGCUCACCGUACUGCCGCUCAGCCCCUGCGCGCACGCGCGUCACGGCAGCAGCCGGUGCCACGGGGAGUCCGUCGGGUCCAGCGGGGCUGCCCUUCCGCAAGAAGAGUGGCGGCGGAAGGGGCGCCGGUGGCCCCGCGCCCCCGCAUUCAGCGUCGCAGCCGCCGUCGGCGAGUGCGCUUGGGUACCACCCGCUGGAGCACGUGCCGGCGGAGGAACAGGACGGCGGAGGGCGCGCAGGCGUGGGCAAGGAUGGCCGGCGCGGCGGCGCAGCACAGCUGUCACCGGCGGAGGUGGCGCGCACGGUGGCUGAGGUGAACGGGGAGGCCAUCGUGUUCGCCGCGCUCGCCGAGGGCUCCGCGGGCUUCCUCGCGGCGGACGCGCGCUUCGUGGUGGACCACAACGGAGACGUGUUCGUGGAGGUGGAGGAGGACGACGACUUCCUGCGCAUCCUCCACGAGGACGCGCGCCUCUGCUCGGCGUUGGUGGGUUUCGGCGGCAUGGACGAGGUGGCGCUGGACGACCUCAUCGAGGGCACCGCGGACGACCACGCGCACCAUCUGCACGACAGCGACAACGCCAGCGACGACGAGCGCGGCUUCAGGGGCAGCGACGUGCGCGCGCAGGCCGGCGACGCGUGGCAGUCGCUGAACCUGCUGCUGGGCGGGGCUGGCAUUGGCGGCGAGGGUGCGAUGAUUGACGAGGAGGACGACACCGAUGAUGACGAUGAGGAUGAGGAGGAUGGCGAGGAGGGGGAUGACGAGGACGUGGUGCUGUCCGAGGACGAUCGCCAUUUCUGGCGGGCGAUGAUAGGGCCGGACGCGGACCACCUGUUUGACACGCUGUCGCCGGAGGCACUGGGGUCGCUGGGCGCGUGGGGCGGGCGGGAGACGCUGCAGUGGGUGCACCCCGUGUACUUCGCCGACAAGAUGAUCAGCGUGCGUACCGUACCUUACUCUGCUGCUGCCCGCACCUCCGUCUCCCUCCUCUCUUGCCCUCAUUCGCGCUGCUCGCUUAAAUUGUAA